AAAAUUUUUUUUUAUCCACACAUUCAUUGAAAGAACUUUCAAUGCUAGCAGAAAAUAAAGUCUUUGGAAUUGCAGAACAAAAGCAAAUGCAUAAGAACAAUCGAAGUAGAAGAUGAUACUACGAAAAUACUAAACUAAUUCCUUUUUUCUUAAAGAAAAAAAUAAAAUAAAAAAAUGAUGAUUUCAACGACAAUGCGUUUUAAUCGUCGUAUAAGCAUCGUUGGUCUUCUUCACUUCCCACUGAUACUGUCUUCACUCUCAUCAUCUUCCUCCUCAUUUCGCCCUCUUGUCGGAGCCAAGCUUUUCCGAUCAUCCAUGGCGUCCGAAACACCGAAGCCGCCGGCGGCGAAGAAAGUCAAGCACGUCAUGGAGUUGUUCGGCGAUGUCAGAGUGGACAACUACUACUGGCUCCGCGACGACUCUCGCUCCGAUCCCGAAGUCCUCUCCUAUCUCAAGCAAGAGAACGCCUACACCGAUUCGAUCAUGUCCGAUGCGAAUAAAUUCGAGGAAGAGCUGUUCAAGGAAAUUAGGGCGCGGAUCAAGGAAGACGACGUCUCGGCGCCAUUGCGGAAAGGAGGAUUCUACUACUACACGAGGACAUUGCAAGGGAAGGAGUAUGUUCAGCACUGUCGCCGUCCUCUUCCGCAAUCGCAGGCUCAGCUUCCGCCGUCCGUCAAUGAUUCGAUGCAGACCGGCGACGGCGCUCCUGAGGAACGCGUCAUAUUGGACGAGAAUUUGAUGGCGCAGAAUUACGCUUAUUACUCCAUUGGCGCUUACGAGGUCAGUCCGAAUCACAACUUGGUCGCUUAUGCGGAGGAUACCAAAGGAGAUGAGAUUUAUACGGUUCGUUUGAUUGAUGCCGAUACUGGAGCUACCGUAGGGAAGGCUCUGUCCGGUACGACGUCGUAUCUCGAGUGGGCUGGGGAUUCGCAUUUGGUAUACAUCACCAUGGAUGAGACUCUCCGACCUGACAAGGUGUGGUUGCAUAAGUUGGGAACAGAACAGUCAAGUGACACUUGCCUUUAUCACGAGAAGGAUGAUACAUUCUCAGUUGAUCUUCAAGCUUCUGAUAGCAAGAAGUUUUUGUUUGUUGCAUCUGAAAGUAAAACGACAAAGUUCAACUUUUACCUUGAUGUUUCAAAGCCUGAAGAUGGGCUGGUGGUGCUGACACCUCGUGUCGUUGGAGUCGAUACAACUGUUAACCAUCGUGGGAAUCAUUUUUUCAUUACCAGGCGAAGUGAGGAGUUAUUCAACUCCGAAGUAGUUGCUUGUCCUCUGGAUAAUGUAUCUGAUACAACAAUUCUCAUUCCGCACAGAGAAAGUGUGAAAAUUCAGGAUAUAUGCCUCUUUAGCGAUCACCUUGUUGUAUAUGAGCGUGAAGAUGGUCUACAAAAAAUUACUAUUUAUGGCCUUCCAGAUGUUGGAGAACCACUUAAAGGACUUCAGGGUGGUCGGGCUGUGGAUUUUUUGGAUCCUACAUACUCAGUGGAUCCCUCAGAAUCAGAAUUUUCUUCCAGCAUUUUAAGAUUCUCCUACAGUUCAUUGAAGACGCCUCGAUCUGUCUAUGAGUAUGAUAUGAGGACAGGAAUUCAAGUAUUGAAGAAGAUUGAAACUGUGUUGGGAGAUUUUGAUUCGUCGAACUAUGUGACUGAGAGGAAAUGGGCUAGUGCUCCAGAUGGUGUUCAGAUUCCUGUACCGAUUGUCUAUAGGAAAGACUUGGUGAAACUUGAUGGGUCUGAUCCCUUACUACUCUAUGGCUAUGGAUCUUAUGAGAUUUGCAUAGAUCCCAGUUUCAGAACCUCAAGGCUGUCUCUGUUAGAUCGGGGCUUUAUUUAUGCUAUAGCUCACAUUCGUGGGGGUGGUGAGAUGGGUAGGCAGUGGUAUGAGAAGGGGAAGCUUUUGAAGAAGAAAAAUACUUUCACUGAUUUCAUUGCUUGUGCUGAGUAUUUAAUCAGAGAAAAGUACUGCUCAAAAGAAAGACUGUGUAUUGAGGGAAGAAGUGCUGGGGGAUUGCUUAUUGGUGCUGUUCUUAACAUGAGGCCAUAUUUGUUCAAAGCUGCUGUUGCGGGAGUGCCUUUUGUAGAUGUUGUGACUACAAUGCUUGAUCCAACUAUCCCCCUAACAACUUCUGAGUGGGAGGAAUGGGGUGAUCCUAGGAAGGAAGAGUUCUACUUUUAUAUGAAGUCAUAUUCUCCUGUUGAUAAUGUUAAUGCUCAAAACUAUCCAAACAUUCUUGUUACAGCCGGUCUCAAUGAUCCGCGAGUCAUGUAUUCAGAACCUGCUAAGUUUGUGGCAAAACUAAGGGAAAUGAAGACCGAUGAAAAUAUUCUUUUGUUUAAAUGUGAACUUGGUGCUGGGCAUUUUUCAAAGUCAGGGAGAUUUGAGAAGCUCCAAGAAGAUGCCUUCACAUUGGCUUUCCUAAUGAAGGCUCUCAAUAUGAUUCCGGCCAAGGUGUCUGGGAAAUCCCAAUGAAAAUCUUACAUUUUAAGGUAGAUCCAAUAAUUGAACUUUUUGUUGGUUACAGAACGUUUGAGAAUGCUUAAAAUUAAAUUAGUAAUUUUAGAAUAGAACAAGAAAAGGAUUAGAGAAGUUGUGGGAGGGCAAAUUACUCCUAGUUAAGUUUUUCAAUUUGAAUUGGAAAAAUCCUCGAUUGCUCAUGAUUCUUUCCAAAUACACUCACUGGUCAGAGUAACCAGCAUGAAACAGUGGCAUAAAAAUUACUGCUUCAGAUUGCACA